AUGGAGCGUGACCGUCAUGAAGGCCAAAGUCAGCAGAGCAUAAACUCUCAAAAUAACGACGCGUCCCACAAUGAUGACUCCGUUUCCUCAGAGCCGCCAGAGCACCCGUACCUGGAACGCUUCUCAACCCACCAAUCAUUGGGUCCAGAUGCACCGAUCGAAUGCCGCGAGUCUAUCGUUGAAAUCCCAGAUGAAGUAUACGACCGUUUGCCUAAGCACAGAAAGCUCGUCCUCGUCUUGCUGCUCUCUUUCUGUGCCUUCCUGGCACCCAUCUCCAGCACGACGGUUCUGGCAGCAGUCCCAGAAGUUGCCGCCGAGUAUAACACUACUGGAAUCAUCAUCAACCUGAGCAACGCUAUCUAUAUGCUCUGCAUGGGAAUCAGUCCAAUGAUCUGGGGUCCGAUUAGUCAGGUGUACGGAAGAAGAUGGGUGAUGACGGCUGUAGGCUUUCUUGGAUGCAGCAUCGGAACCGCACUAGCACCGAACCUCGCCGCCUUCUUCGUCUUCCGCAUCCUGACGGCCAUCGAAGGAACCUCGUUCAUCUUGGUAGGAUCUGCGGUGAUAAGUGACAUUUACAGACCAACGGAGCGCGGUACAGCGAUUGGGUGGUUUUUAUCCGGAACUCUAAUCGGACCUGCGUUCGGUCCUUUUGUGGGUGGUAUUAUCGUAACACACACCUCCUGGAGGGUUAUCUUCUGGCUGCAGACUGGCCUUGCAGGCGUAGCGGUUGUAGGCUCCUUCUUUCUUCUGCCGGAGACAAUCUACCACAAGAAGAUCGAUGACCUGAGUGGCUACAGCGGCGUCGAAAAAGGCAAGGUCCUCUGGGGGAUGAUAAACCCGUGGCGGGUCAUCAAGCUAUACGAGUAUCCAAACCUCCUGCUCACAGGCUUGGGGAGUGCAAGCCUGCUCUGGAACAUGUAUAGUCUUCUGAGCCCGAUUCGGUAUAUCCUGAAUCCGCGGUUUAACCUGACGACCCCCAUGCAAGCUGGCCUGUUCUACCUUGCCCCAGGAUGCGGCUAUUUUCUGGGGACGUUCGCGGGCGGACGUUAUGCUGACUAUGUCGUGAAGAAGUACAUUCAGAAACGAGGGGUGAGAAUCCCCGAGGAUCGUAUGUAUUCGGCAUUGCCGUUUAUGGGUAUCGUGAUUCCUGCCUGCGUACUGGUAUAUGGAUGGUGCGUCGAGACGAACCGGGGCGGCAUCCCGCUCGUCGUCAUCGUCCUAUUCCUACAAGGUUUCGCUCAGCUCUUCUGCUUUCCCUCACUGAACUCGUACUGCCUGGACGUGAUGCCGGGCCGGACGGGGGAAGUGGUGGCGGGCAACUACGUCUUCCGGUACAUACUAGCCUGCGCCGGCACGGCGUGCGUCCUGCCAGCGGUGGAGGUCAUGGGCGUCGGCUGGUUUUGCACCAUUAGCGUGGUCCUCCUGAUCCUAAGUUCCCUGGGCAUCCUGGCGACGGUUUGGUGGGGCAAGUCGUGGAGGGACAAAGUCGACGCCAAGAAGAAGGCUAAGCGCCUGACAGAGAAGCCGUCACAUCGUGGCGCUGCUCAAGGCCUUGGCGGCAAUGCUCAUAUCGCUACUCCAGCGGCCGAAACGCAGCGCAAAGACGAAGUCUAA